ACAGAGACACACACACAGAGAGACACACACACAGACACACACAGAGACACACACACACAGACACACACACACAGACACGCACACGCGCGCACGGCUAUACUCGCUCGCGACCGCAGGGAUUUCGCCACUCGACGGCCUCAGCCGCGAUGGAACCUUCACGGCCACAGCUCGGAGGCUAAGGGGGAGGAGGCCACGCACCGCGAGGCGGCGACAGCGAGCAGGCAAAGGCAAAGAUUGCUGCUGCUGCUGCUGCUGCAGACGAGCAGCGGAAGGGAAUUCGUUCGAAGCGACGGGGAACACUUCGAUGAGCGGCUGGCCUCGCAAUGUCAGGCAACUUGACCGUGACUCUGCUCAACACCACGAUGCUCCUCGUCCAAGUCAGCUACAUCAGUGAUUUCACGUGCUACCACAAAGAGCCGGGCGUCGCCUCCAACGGCUACUGCAGGUUCAUCUGCUCCAACAUGACGAGGGACGCGCUGGCGACGGGCUUUCGGGACGGCUUCGUGCUCGACGUCUCCCGCGGCGUCAAUCUCUCGGAGGUCUUCUGCAUGAUCGAUGGCGGCCAAGUGACACAUUUCAACUCCGUCACCGUGGCCACGCCGCCGACGGACAUGCAAGAGCACAGCACCCUGGUCACCUCGCCGCCGCAAACCAGGAGCGCCUGGACCGGGGAGGACACUGCAACAUCGCUGCUGUUGCCAGCCUGCGGCCUUCUCUGCCUGCUGGGGGCGAUCUACUGGAUCAGGAGGUUGCAGAGGAGCAGGAGCAGGAGGAGGCGAGAGGCAGCGCAGGGUGGAGACGGCGCAGAGCUGGCGGAACGGAUCAUCAUCGGCGAGGAGCUGGCGAUCCUCGUUACGGGAGAAGCGGUCGUGAACGUCACCGUGGGCACCGCGGCUAACGGGACGACGGCGGGCACCAUCGGCGCCCCGGGAACCCCGGGCGCCGUGGCCAUUGGGGCGAUGGCGGCGCCCACGCGCGUGGAUGCGUCGACCUCCACGGACGACGUCGUGGAGCGAGGGGGCGACUCGUAG